AUGGCGGCCUCGGGAUGGCGGCUUUGGCGGGGCGGCUCCUGCUGUCUGUCCCUGGACCCCCCACGGGCCUUGAUCUACGCGGACCCCACGAAAAGGCUGGAGCUCUAUUUCCGCCCCAGGGAUCCCUACUGCCAUCCCGUCUGCGCCAACCGCUUCCCCACCUCCUCCGUGCUGCUCCGGGUGAGGAGGAGCUCCAAGAAGCAGCAGCAGCAGCAGCUGGAUGCUGAAACACAGGCACAGCCACAAGUCAAGUUUGAAAUGGAAAUUCUGGGGAUUGUCACAACUGUUUACAAAUUUCAAGGAAUGUCAGACUUCCAGUACCUGGCAAUGCAUUCUGGACCUGACGGCAAGCAAAUCUCCAUGUACGACAAAGUCCUGAUGCUCAAACCAGAGAAAGAAGAAUUUUUCAAUAGAGAGCUACCUCUUUACAUCCCUCCACCAAUUUUCUCCCGCCUGGACACUCCUGUUGACUAUUUUUAUCGGCCAGAUAUACAACACCGGGAUGGAUACAACAAUCCUCCAGUAUCCGGUGAGAACCUGAUUGGCCUCAGCAGAGCGCGGCGCCCACACAACGCAAUCUUUGUGAACUUUGAUGAUGAAGAAAUCCCAGCUAAACCACUGGACGCUGCUGUACAGACCUGGAAGAAAGUGUGCACUAAUCCUGUGGAUAGGAAGGUGGAGGAAGAGCUGCGAAAGCUCUUUGAAGUCCGUCCUAUCUGGUCUCGGAAUGCGGUAAAGGCCAAUAUCAGUGUUCAUCCUGACAAGCUGAAACUUCUCUUGCCAUAUUUGGCCUAUUACAUGCUAACAGGUCCCUGGAGAAGCUUAUGGGUUAGGUUUGGGUAUGACCCCAGAAAACACCCUGAAGCAAAAAUUUAUCAAGUCUUGGAUUUCCGAAUUCGCUGUGGAAUGAAAUAUGGUUAUGCCCCUAAUGAUAUGCCAGUGAAAGCAAAACGCAGCACGUAUAACUACAGCCUACCCAUCACUGUCAAAAAGCCAGUGAGUCAUACAGUCAGUAUACAUGAUCUCAAACAAGGACUUGGCUCUUCUGCAGCAUCCACUUCAAAAAAGCCUGCCUCCAGCAGGUACAAACUGAAGGAAUCUAUCUACAUUUUCCGAGAAGGAGCCUUGCCACCUUAUCGGCAGAUGUUCUACCAGCUCUGUGACUUGAAUGUGGAAAGCUUACAGAAAAUCAUCCGUCGGAAUGAUGGUGCAGAGUCGGAAUGCACAGAGCGGGAUGGGUGGUGCCUUCCAAAGACGAGUGAUGAUCUGCGAGAUUCCAUGUCUCUCAUGAUAAAGCAGAUAAUCAGAUCCACAAGACCUGCCCUUUUCUCAAGUACAACAAGCAGUGAAGAUGGCAAAGAGCAGCUGACUUAUGAAUCUGGAGAGGAUGAGGAAGAUGAAGAGGAAGAAGAGGAGGACUUCAAGCCUUCCGAUGGGAGUGAAAAUGAAAUGGAAACAGAAAUUCUGGACUACGUAUGA